UAUUUAUUAUAUGUAUAUAUUAUAAUAUUAUAUUAUGUAUUAUUGUAUUGUUAUCAUUGUAUUUGGUUAUAUAGCAUGUUAUAUCAAAGAAAUUACUCGUUUGAUGCUGUUUGUACACAUUUAUUUUAUCAUAUCAAAAUCUUGGUUAAUGAUUCAGUUUUGUUUUUCUCCUAUGAACAAAAUGUUCAUAAAAUUCUUUUCUCACAGAAAUCCAAUACUUCAUUGUUUUUUGGGUGUAUCUACUUUCUAGCUUGUUUUCGGUGUGAUCAUAGUCUGUUAUCAUUUCCCAGCUACAACCCGACAAUUAGUGUGUCUGACAUUUGUCAUAAAACCUUUUUGUCCUGUACAUAGCCUGAAUCUGAGAUAACAGGGACACUUUUGUGGAAACUUAGCAAACAUAAAUUCAGCAGACGACAAAUUUCCCAGCAUGCAAAGGGUUAAACGUGUCCAAUGAACUGUGUCCGCAGCAGGGUGCAAGUUCACAAGAGUACACGCUCCACGUUUUGGAUAAGGAAUGAUGUCACAUGAAGGACUUAACAACCGAGUUCUAAAGAACCUUUCAUGCACAGCAUUGGUAAUCAAUAAAGAUUUUCACGAGCGAACAACAACAACAUCGCGAGAGCAAAUGGCAAAACGGAAGCGAAAAACCCUAAAUACUGAAUCGGCAGAUGAUUGUCUGAAGAAGGCAGCUGAUGAUAGCAUCAAGAAAAAAAGGCAGAACACUCAAGUUUCAAAGCAGAAGAAUGGUCAAUUAAAUCGUUCUGAGUACUUCAAUGAAAAAAUGGCAAAGGAUCGGAAAAAAGUACAAAAAUCUGAAACAAGUAUUUCAAAGAAGUUAAGAAAAUUUUCAUCUGAAAUGAAAAAAGCUGAUAAUGAGUCUGCAGAUGAAAAAAUAUGGAAUGAUUCAGAAUUACAAGCAGGCAAAGACACAGAAAAGAAAGACAUAGAAGUAAAGAGAAGGGGUAAGCACAAACGCAGCAAUAUGGGUAAUGAAGCUGAAGCUGUAAUUAAACCCAAAAAAUCAAGAAAGGCCAAAGAACCCAAAUUGAUCACUAAUCCUCAAAAUGUACCCAAAUCGCGUGGUAAAAGAAAAUUAGAUAGUGCAAAAUCAUCAAAUGAAAAGAAUGACCCAUCUGAAACUACAGUUGAUUUUUCAAAGGAACAAGAAGUAUCUUUAAUUAACAAAGCAUCAGAAUCAUGCAAGAAUAAAGCAAACAAUAUCUUUAAUAAAAACAGAUAUAGUGAAGUGGAUCCUGAAGGAAAUUGUAUUGAUCACAGUGCUGAAGAAGAUAUCGAAAGCGAUGAUGACUUUGAUGAAGUUGAUGACAAUAUGCAUAACCCACGCAAUUUAGACCAGAAAAUAAGUCCCAAAUUUAAUCGUGCCUUACCGAAGACUGUUGACCACAUGGACGCCAUGGCAGUCUUGCUGCAUAUGGAAGGCAUGGGGGAUAGCAAGCCAUCCACGUCCAGAAACUCCAGCGGGGCCAGUGAUGAUGAUGAACUUGACGAGGACGAGAGUGAGGCUGAGUGGGAAGAUGUUCAGGAUAUGCAUUCUGGCAGCCCAAAGAAGUCCCAAGCUCAAUCUGGCUCAGUGGAAAUAACCUUGGAGGCACCUGUCCUGUACAAGAAAAAGAAGAAGAAGGGCUUCGAUCUAGAAAGCUACUUCAAAAGGCAGAUAAAUAAAUUCAAGCGGGAAGUGGCCAUGGAUACUCAUAAGGUCCAUUUGCUGUGUCUGUUGGCCCGAUGCCAGCAUCUGAACUCACUCAUGCUAGAAGACAUUGUGAGGGCCCAGGCAUUCUCAGUUGUCAUAGCUACCAAAGAACUCCAGUUCCCCGGGGCAGCCAAGUGCUCUGAGAUGCAAGUCACACGGGCCCUGGUUUACAUCUCCAAGAACAAAACACACUUAAUGGAAAUAUUUGAACGAACUAUAGAGAGUGUUUCAUCCCAGAUAAGGCUUGUUAUGGUAUGUGUGGCCUUACUGAGGGAGGUUGGUCUACUCACCAGGCUUGUCAUGUCUCUGCAGCCCCUCACCUUUAAGGAUCCCAGCACAAAGGCCAAACCAGCAAAGAAAGUGUCCACUGCUACCACAGAGUCAAAGAAAAAAGUUGCAGAGACUAGCACUAGUAAGAAGAAAACUGCUGAUGGUAAAAAAACUCCGCCUGCCCAGAAAAAGAAAAGGAGGAAGAAGACAGAGACAUCCUCAUCAGAGAUGUCUGCAGACAGUGACUUUGAAGAAGACAGCAUUCUAGAAAAUAGUAAAAAGUUGAAGCGGAAAGCACCUGUUUCUAAAAACAGACGUGUAUUGUCUACAGACAAUGAGUUGGAGGACAAUGAGCGCUCUGACCAUUGGAUAGAAGUUUUCCUGGACAAAGAAAAGAAGUGGAUAUGCAUUGAUGGUGAGGACCUGACGGUGAGGAAGCCGUAUGAGUUGGAGAACAAAGCUACAAAGCCACUCUGCUAUGUGAUAGGUAUCACACAAGCUUGCCACAUCAAGGACAUCACUGCACGUUACGCUGGUCAGUGGCUGACAGAGACCAGGAAGCUCCGUACAGACCCUGGCUGGUGGGAGGAGACCCUGCGACCGUACGCGUGUGCGGACAGACGGACGGACGAGGCAGAGGACCGUGACAUGGCGGCCAGUCUUCAGCAGCAGCCACUGCCUACCAGCGUUGGGGCUUUGAAGAACCACCCAUUAUAUAUUCUGCAACGACACCUGUUGAAGUUUGAGGCUAUCUACCCGGACACUGCAAUACCAGUGGGCUACAUAAGGGGGGAACCGAUCUAUGCAAGGGAGUGUGUACAUGUGCUGCAUUCCAGAGAAAAUUGGCUAAAAGAGGGUCGGUCUGUAAGGCUUGGAGAGGAACCGUACAAGUUUGUCAAGUCAAGGCCAAAAUGGAACAAGCCGAAGGAAGACCCAGAGGCAAACGAUCUGGAGCUGUUUGGAAAGUGGCAGACUGAAGUCUACAUCCCUCCACCUGCUGUUGAUGGCAAGGUGCCUAGAAACGCUCACGGCAACGUGGAGAUGUUCCUGCCAACCAUGUUACCUGCUGGAACUGUCCAUCUGAAGAUUCCAGGUCUGAACAAAGUAGCCAAGAAGCUGGACAUUGACUGCGCCCCUGCCAUGGUGGGCUGGGACCAUCACUGUGGCUUCUCCCAUCCCCUGAUGGAUGGGUGGAUAGUAUGUGAAGAGUUCAAGGACAUUCUGCUGGCAGCCUGGGACGAAGAGCAGGAGAUACUGAGGGAGAAAGAAGCAGAGAAACGUGAGAAGCGUGUCUAUGACAACUGGAGGAAGCUGAUCCGUGGACUGCUGAUUAGGGAGAGGCUGAAGAAGAGAUUUGAUCUGCAGGAGGCACCCAAAUCAGAAGACACUAAGCAGCCAGAAAGCAGUGGCACUGCGAGCUCAGAUGACACAAGUCGCAAGACAGAGCAAAGUGGGACCACGGAAGAUGGCACAAAUGCCGGGGAUAAAGUCUUGGUGGCUACUAAAGAUACAAAGAUGUCCUGGCCACAAAACAGACUACACACAGAGAAUCAUACGCUCUGUAUGGUGGAAAAACUUUGAAAGAUAUUGGCUGUCUCAGACUGUAGUUUGCCAUCUGAAAUGUUAAGAUGUACUCAGUUGAAUAGGGCAUUUGAGGUGUGCUAGUAAUAAAUUACUAAAAGCAGUUUAUUGUCAAAAUACAUGUUCUUUGUAAAACUCUACUUUUCCAUUUAUUUUUCAUCCAAAAUAAGAAAACCACUAUUAUAUAUUGAAUGUAUAAGUAAAACUUUAAAAAAAUCUACUCUGAAAAAAUAAUUAAUUGUUGGACUGUUAUAUUUUUUUUAGCUC